AUGCGCUACAGAAUGUUAUAUCUGCUGAUUCGUCAAUCUGUGGUAUCUGCUGCUGACCCGCUCCAGUGCCUAGUGUCGGAGAGAAAAGACUCACAGAAGGGAACACAACAGCUAUAUUCCGAACAAGCGAGUGGAUUUGACAAACUGGCUUUUUACAUGGACACGUUUUGUAAUCCUCACGGUCAAGUUGUUGAGAAGCGGUGCCUUGAAGGACAAAGUUCCCUCAAUUCGUCACGUCCGGUUGGAACCUGGACAGAGCAUUGUGUUGGCUUCUCUCUUAGUUGUCUUGCUUUAUUUUAA